CAGCACUCAACUGGGACACUGACUGGACUCUGCUGAUUUGGGACUUAGCCUCUAUACUUGUGUGAGACCAUUCUUGUAAUACAUAUUUAUGUAUCUAGACAUUUGAUUCCUUGGAGAGCCAGGAGUAACAAACACACUGCCUGUGAGACUUGGUAGUUUGCGAUCUUGUUUUAUAAGAAGGCUAAGAAACGCUGUUCUUAAUGGUUUGUUACAGGGAUAACUCUUUUACUGAGCAUUAACUGUUCCAGUAUUGGAGCAGGAACUUGAGUUACAGACAUGCCUAAUGCCUUGUGGGACAGUUUAACACACAUAAGCUAAUCUUGUACUCAAUUGCCGCCCUUCAAGCCCAAUCCCUUAGCCAGGCUCAUUUAACAAGGCAGCUAGUAGAUGGUGACUGCAAGUGUUCCCUGAUGUCUCUCACAGUGGACAGCGGCAGCCUGGCUCUCACUACUUGCAGCAUGUGAAUUACCGAGAGGACCAAAAUGGAGAUGGUACCCCAGUACGACCUGUCCAGACUGCCGGAAAAUACAGCACUCAAGCAGCAAACGUUGCCCGCCCAACAGCUAAAUUUAUCUGCCUCCAUCGUCCUCUCUAUCUUCUUCGCCACAGGAGGAUUCUGCCUCUCUGUGGGCGUCAUCCUUCUAUUGUUUGCGAAGAGCACCAAGGAAAUUGAGAUAAAUUACACGAACAUGUGUGCAAAUUGCGCUCAGCUACGGGAAGAUAGUUCUAAUUUUGACAAAGAAUGCAACUGUUCUCUUCCCUUGUACCUUCCGGAGAAAAUGGAGGGCGAUGUUUAUAUGUACUACAAAUUGUACGGUUUCUAUCAGAAUCUCUAUCGAUAUAUUUUAUCAAGAAGCAAUAGCCAAUUGGUGGGUAAGGAUAUUUGGGAUACUACAAACUGUUCUCCAUUCCAAGUGUCCAAAAAUGACACUCCCAUCAUUCCCUGUGGCGCGAUUGCCAACAGCAUAUUCAACGAUACCAUAACUCUUUCAUACAACCUGAACUCAUCUACACAGAUAGAAGUCCCGAUGCUAAGGAGUGGGCUUACAUGGUGGACAGAUAAGUAUGUCAAAUUCCGGAAUCCGAGAACCAGCAACUUUACUAGUACAUUUGCAGGAAGUUCAAAGCCUCUGCACUGGGCCAAACCUGUCUAUGAACUGGAUCUAGAAGACCCAGGAAACAAUGGCUUCGUCAAUGAGGACUUCAUUGUAUGGAUGCGGACUGCUGCCUUUCCCACUUUCAGAAAACUGUACCGCAGACUCAGGCGUGAGGACUCUUUCGCUGACGGCUUACCUGCGGGCAACUACAGUUUGAGCAUCUCCUACAAUUUUCCAGUGACCAUGUUCCAAGGAGAGAAGUCCGUUAUCCUUUCCACCCUGACAUGGUUCGGGGGAGGAGGCCUUUUCUUGGGACUCACCUACACAGUGACAGGAGCACUGACGCUGUUGGCCUCUUUUGCCAUCCUGGCAGUUCACUUGAAACUGAAAAGGAAUAAACUGAGUUUCCUGUAGAUUUAAAGAGAAGACAUGCAGAAGGUGGCAGCAGAUGGAGGAGUAAUAGAAUCAAAGGUCUCCGGCAAACCUUGAGAUGUUUCUGAGCCAUGUCAAGGAGAGGUGCUGGAUUGACGGAAUCCAAUAUAAUCCUAACUACACGGAUAAAUGAUGAGGUUCCCAGAGAGGGGCGAAGAGGAGAAGCAAACCUAUAUGUACAGUGAAAUGUUCUUGGAAUAAAGAUAAUACAUGUUUGUGAACUCUA